AUGACGGAAGAAGCAUUUGAUGCGGACCAAAAUAAGUCUGAUCUUCUUUCUUUCUCAGAGAGACAGGAGUGUUCUUUACAUCAUUGGAAAGCAAACUACUUUCUGACUAUCUAUCUAUCUAUCUAUCUAUCGAUCUAUCUAUCUAUCUAUCUAUCUAUCUGGUUUCUUCAUUAUCUAUCUAUCUGGUCUCUUCAUUAUCUAUCUAUCUAUCUAUCUAUCUAUCUAUCUAUCUAUCUAUCCAUCUUCAUCCAGUCUCUUCAUUAUCUAUCCAUCUAUCUAUCUAUCUCUAUCUAUCUAUCUAUCUAUCUAUCUAUCUGGUUUCUUCAUUAUCCAUCCAUUCAGUCUCUUUAUUAUCUAUCUAUCCAUCUAUCUAUCUAUCUAUCUAUCUAUCUAUCUAUCCAGUCGCUUCAUUAUCCUAUUAUCAUUCAUCUAUCUAUCUAUCUAUCUAUCUAUCUAUCUAUCUAUCUAUCCAGUCGCUUCAUUAUCUAUCUAUCUAUCUAUCUAUCUAUCUAUCUAUCUAUCUAUCUAUCUCGGUCUAUUGAUUAUACAUCAUUAUAUACCAAUCAAUCGUUACUCUCUCGUAUGGUUACAUCUUCAGCUUCAGCAAGUUUUUCCCCGCAGAAAUGUCACUAG